AUGGGUAACGAACCCUUCAAGACGGUUUCGUCGUCCCCCAUAAUGAACAGACGGGACUCGUCCAAGAGUCUCACGGAGCUCACCGACGAGAUGGAGAACCUGAACAUCGACAUUCCGCCCAGCAUGCUGUCUGUGCCGCCCAAGUCGCCGAUUCUGCGCGUGAACUCGUCCUCGUCGCUCGCCUCGAACGUGCCCAAUCAACCACAGUCCAUCGACAUUCCAAACCCGCAGGUAUCGCCAAUGGCCACCUCGUUCAAGUCCGGCUCGUACAGACCCCCAGAGGUAGCAACGACACAGGACCAAGGCGUGCUGGACAUCGAGGACCUGAUCCAGCGGCUGCUGGACGCCGGCUACUCAGGCAAGAGAACCAAGGCGAUAUGCCUCAAAAACUCGGAAAUCCAGAUGAUAUGCUCCACGGCCAGAGAGAUCUUCCUGAGCCAGCCCACGCUGCUGGAGCUCAGCGCGCCCGUCAAGAUCGUGGGCGACGUGCAUGGUCAGUACAGCGACCUGAUCCGCAUCUUCACCAAGUGCGGGUUUCCGCCGGCAAGCAACUACCUGUUCCUGGGAGACUACGUGGACCGCGGCAAACAGUCGCUGGAGACCAUCCUGCUGCUCCUCUGCUACAAGAUCAAGUACCCAGAAAACUUCUUCCUGCUACGAGGAAACCACGAGUGUGCGCAGAUCACAAGGGCCUACGGGUUCUACGACGAAUGCAAGCGAAGAGCGAACCUCAAGACAUGGAAGAUCUUCAUCGACACGUUCAACACGCUGCCGAUCGCGGCGAUAGUCGCGUCCAAGAUCUUCUGCGUGCACGGCGGGCUGUCGCCGGUGCUGAACUCCAUGGACGAAAUAAGAAUGAUCAAACGACCAACAGACGUGCCGGACUUUGGUCUGCUGAACGAUCUGCUCUGGUCGGACCCAGCAGAUACCCCGAACGAAUGGGAGGACAACGAGCGAGGAGUGUCUUACUGCUUCAACAAGGUGGCCAUCAACAAGUUCCUCAACAAGUUCCAGUUCGACCUCGUGGUGCGUGCACACAUGGUGGUCGAGGACGGAUACGAGUUUUUCAACGACCGGUCACUGGUGACCGUGUUCUCUGCGCCGAACUACUGCGGUGAGUUCGACAACUGGGGGGCCGUCAUGUCUGUUUCCGAGGAGCUGCUGUGCUCGUUCGAGCUGCUCGACCCGCUCGACGGCGUGGCUUUGAAACAGCUCAUGAAAAAAGGCAAACACGAACGUCGCACGGCAAUGACUUACGCAAACAGCCCCAACGUGUCAAUAUAG